AUGUCAGCAAGUUCGAGUUGUCCCGUGGAUACAGAGAUGGGAGGAUUGGAACCGCCUGGUCCUCGGCAUCAUGAACGACCUCCAUACCUUAAGUCCGGCAAUGCACGCACAGAAACAGGGACUUUGCAACGACGUCUCAAAUCACGACACAUUCAAUUUCUAGCUCUGUCUGGGGCGAUAGGCACGGGGCUCUUCGUCGGCACAGGUCAGGUUCUCUCGUUGGCGGGACCAUUGUCCGCAGUCCUCGCCUAUCUCAUCACGGGUUUAAAUCUUUAUGCCGUGAUCAAUAGCAUGGGUGAAAUGGCUACUUGGCUUCCCCUGCCCGGAGCGGUACCUGUGUAUGCAUCCCGGUUUGUCGAUGAGGCUCUUGGAUUUACUUUGGGGUGGAACUAUUGGUAUCAAUUCGCCAUUGGAGUUCCAAUUGAAAUCAGCGCAGCUGCUCUAGUGAUUGACUACUGGCCCAACAAUGUAUCCUCUGCGGUUUGGAUUACCGUACUUUACGUGACCAUCUUUGCUAUCAAUAGUCUUCCUGUGCGGGUGUAUGGCGAGUUGGAAUUCUUCCUCGGAUCGAUCAAACUCAUUACCAUCAUUGGGCUAAUGUUCCUAAUGCUCAUCAUCACACUUGGCGGGGCUCCGAGACAUGAUCGGAUAGGCUUUCGCUACUGGCAGAAUCCAGGUCCCAUGAAUCAGUAUCUUGAAGAUGGGUCUUUGGGGCGAUUUCUGGCAUUUUGGAAAGUUUUCAUACAAGCAACCUUCAGCUAUGGUGGAAGUGAAAUGGUCGUGGUUGCGGCGGGAGAAACCGAAAACCCUCGGCGCAAUGUUCCUAAGGCUGUCCGACGAGUCUUCUGGCGCAUAGCUAUAUUCUACGUUGGCAGCGUUUUUUUGGUCGGCCUUUGCGUCUCUUCUCAGGAUCCCCGACUGCUUAAUGCAAUUCAUAAGGGUGCGGCUGGCGUGGGCGCAAGCCCAUUCGUCAUCGCUAUCGAGAAUGGGGGUAUUUUGGUAUUACCUUCCAUCAUAAACGCCGUUGUGCUUACAUCGGCGUUGUCGGCUGGUAACUCCUUCUAUGCAUCGACUCGAAUUCUCUACGCAACGGCACUGGACGGAAAGGCUCCUCGUUUUCUUCAAUUAGAGAAAUUUGGCGUUCCUUACGCCUGUGUGAUUGUCACGGCUGCUCUAAGCCUGCUAGUAUAUUUGAAUGUUUCCUCAAGCUCAGUUGAGGUUUUUUUCUGGAUCAGCAACUUGAGCUCCGUCAGCACGUUGAUCGUGUGGACUUCUAUCGCCUUCACCUAUGUUCGUUUCCACCAUGGACUGGAAUAUCACGGUAUACCGCGGUCUGCCCUUCCAUUCAAGUCCCCCUUCCAGCCAUUCCUGGCUUAUUUUGCGAUUAUUUUCUCGUCAACUGUGGCAUUUUUCAACGGGUUCGAUGCUUUCUUCCCUGGUCACUUCAGUGCCAAGAGCUUCAUACCGCCUUACAUUGACAUUCCCAUUUUUGCAUGUCUGUUCCUUGGAUACAAGUUCAUCAAAAAGACAAAAAUGGUGAAGAUAGAGGAGAUGGAUCUGCUAUCCGGCAAAGAAGAAGCAGAUCAACUUGAGUCCACGUGGGAAGAACCCACGCCCCGAAACUUCCUUGGUAUGUUAUAUCUCCCGGGGCCAAAGCUUGAUGAUUGCUUCUAA